UUGUGGUUACGUAAAUAAUCAAUAAUGUUUUUGUUUAAAAAUAUAAAAAAUUAAUGAUUUCUUAAUCUACGUGAACAAUUAUAAAAUGAAUUAUAUUAAAAAACAGAGGGAAUACUUAAUUGCAGCAUAAUUGGUUUGCAAAGGAAGCUUAGUGAACAAGACCACGUGCGGGAAAUAACAAGAUUGAUAAGAUAAGAAAUGUAUUAUAUACUAAUUUACAACAUACUAUUAGCUUGUAGGACAAGUCUUAUCAAUUGAUAAAAAGGGGCACAAUUUAUGAGUUUACGUACUCGUUAAGACAAGAGUGAAAACUAGACAGAGAAAGUAAAGAUCGAUGAGCUCGGUUGAAAAAGCGGCGGCGGUAGAGAAUGGUGAGUGGCGGCAACGACGGUUGGGCCCGAAACAAGGGAGUGUGUUCCCAAAGAUGAGGAAACUGGUGAAGACGAUGAUCUUGGAGGCUCUGUUUUCAUCUCGCCCUUCUUUGAAGUCCAAGCAGAUAGCAAAGCCGCCGUGUAGCAAGCGCGUGCAGUCCACGCUCCGGUAGCCUCCAAGUUAUAUUCUACUUUUUGUUAGAGUAAAGAAGAAAUCAAUUUGGAUCGGAACCUAGAACAAGUUAAAUUAGUCUUCUCCCCGUAAUGUCCUCUCCUCUCUCUGUCUCUCAUGUAGGAUCAUUUGUGUUCUUUGCUUUAUGUACGAAAAAUAUAGCUGCAUGAGCUAUUAAUUUUGCUUGUUUAUUUGUGUUUACAUCUUUGAUUCCUCGUGUAUUCGUGUUAAUUUAAGAUUUA